AUGGGUCGGCGGAAGGAUAAACCGCGUCUUAUACCGGAACAGGAUAAACGCAUAUGCCGCGCCAUUUGCCUUUGCCAAUUGACAAUGGUAUUAUCCUGCGUGUCUAUUGUCUACCUGAGUGUUGCCAUCUAUUCGCCAUCACUUAAAGCAUUCAAGUCCGGUUUCGAACUCGAUCCUGUAAUGUGCCAAACAGUUGAUCGUCAAAUGCCAAAUAACUGCCCAUGGGCCUCAUGCGGUGAAUGGUGUCUGACGCGCACCAGUGGCUUUUGUCCACAAAUACAUUCGGUGGUGCGACGUAACGGUACCGAUAUACAGCUCAAUAAUUGCACACGAAUCGCCAAUACAUCCUGUGCCAUGAUUGACAUGAAUCGCUUGAAUAAAUUCAACUGCAACAAUGGUACCGUUUGCAAUAAUAUCCGUGGCGUCUUCAAUUGUUCGAAUGGCCACUGCAAAAAUAUGUCGGAAUUCUUUCUAUGCCAUCACAAGCCUGAUGGUCCAACAAUAAACUCAGCCAAGGACAAUACAAAAUUGAAUGGAUUUUUUGAGUGCCGUGGCGUGCAUUGUACGAAAAUUAAAAAACCGUUCAUCUGUGACCGUUACUGCACAAAGAUCACAACAACAUCGAUAAAUGUGCUGUUAAUGCAUGAGGACACCGUUAUCACAGCUGACUGCGACACUGGUGUUGCCUUCAAUGAGGCUCGCGGCAGUGAAUAUGGUGUCAAAAUUGAACCCACCGAAUUUUGGAAGGAUGAAGAUGGUCAACUGUUGACCAAUUGUGCUACUGUUAAGCGAGAGGGCGAUAAAUUAUUCGCUACAGAUUGCCUAAAUGGCACUAUUUUAGAGCCAGGCACACUGCCAAAACCUUUUAUGAACUUCACUCAAUUCUGGAGCAUAUACGCGAAUAGCACACAUCCCGUUGAUCCGGAACAACGUUUACUACCCAAUCAAGCUAACCUAACAAUUUACACAUGGAAAAAGUUAUACAUCAAUUUGGAGGGUUGUGUGAAUACUUUGCGCGGGGAAUGCAAAGAUUUCGUGGCACGCUAUGGCAACGAUGGUGAUAACAAUACGGCGCAAUCACGCUAUCAGUGUUACUAUAACAAGGAUCCAGCUGUGGAGUUCGUUGUUGCACGCUAUGACUUGGACAAAGUCUAUCGUGAGCUUUUGGUAUCUUUAAUCGUGCCAAUUGUUUUGUUUGUGGUUUCAUCGAUUUCACUUUGCGUAAUAACAAAAUCGGUCAAGGUCGGUGAUGAUGCGAAAAUGCGUUGUGUAUGCUCGGGCGAAGACUCGGAUAUCGAGGAUAACUAUCAUGGAAAACAGAGUACUCGAAACGCGCAAAUAUAUGGAACAGACGACGAUAUGGAUAUCAGGCGAAGAAAUAUCGAGGAAGAAACGGCCGCUGAUACACAUGAAAUGAUCGGUAGCACGAAAUCGCUAAUACCGCUUAGUCCAGCCACCGAAUCGGGUACAAGUGAGCGAACUUACGACGAUGAAAAGGCUUCCCGAUGUGAUGCACCCGAAAAGCCACUCGUUGAGCUUUAA